AGGUCACGUCGACCGAAACGCACGUACAUCCUGGAGAAUCAGCUCAUCCAGUGAACAUAUCGGCGGCCAGGUCUCUUUGCGCGCAGCUGGGCGACGAGUGCCGAUCGCGACCGGUCGAGAAGAGGACAGAGAUGAUCGCGAGUGUCCGGUGACGAUACAUAUACAUAUAUAGAACAUCGAUAGUAUUUGCAGAGAGAAUAUAUAUAUAGAUAUUCUUGAGAGUGCCGAUAUAUAUGCCGGGUAUAUAUUGAUAUUGAGAAGAGUUUCGUUAAUCUGAAGCAGCUGUUCACGAACCACGAUAGAAGCGAAACGAGGAAAGGCGAGCAGGACGAGGAAGAGAACUGUGUUCAGUGCAGACAUGUGGCUAAGAAGCGUGCUCCUAAUAUGCGGCAUCAUUGCGGGCACGCUAGCAGACAGUCCAUCGGAUACCGUGCAGAUAUCCGGUGACAGUCUCACUCGAAAAAAUGUCGCAGCAACGACAUAUCAGCCACCGCGAGCCCUCGCAAUUGAAGAGUUUGUAACAUCCCACAAAUUGCCGGAAAACGUAGCAAAACCAUUAGACGACGAUGACGAGUACAUUGACGAGAAGAAACUUACGGUCAAAGACAAUAAGCAAACUAAGAAAAUAAUUCCAAAAUUCGAGAAUAUCGAGAAGAAAACGGUUAUCCUCGAGCCUGCCAGACGUUUAGACUUGACAGAGGAAGAUGACGACGUGGACAGUCUCACUGCUAAAAGACAGGCACGAGUCGAGCUCGAAAAUUUUAGCGACACUGGAAAGGUUCUGCAGGACGGCAGAAUAAAGAAGAUUGAUUCUAAGAGGCCGCAACCGACCGAGCAGGAUGAGGUUAUUCCGGGAGUCUACGUCAGUGCGGAAUAUCCAACGACCAUGCUACCCAUCCUGACGACUCCACGUGAAGCACGUAGCAAAGAUAACCUCUUUGAUUUCGUUCCCGUCAACAUUAUUCGCGAGGAUAGCAAGGACGGCUACGCGCGUUUUUCGGACGCGAACUUUGGCGACUUGAGUGACGUGAGUUUGGUACCGGCUGGUACAAAUUCUCGUAUUCAGGUGAAGAAAGGACCGAACGGGAAGGAUUACGAAUACGAGUACGUGUAUUAUUACUACGACGAGGAGGAUGAGAACAAAGCAGGUACGGCGGGUUCGCCUGUGACGAAUUCUUACGAAAUUCCUUCCAGAACAACGCCGGCGCCUAGGAGAGCAGGCACCGUCAACAACAGGAGCAAGUAUAGUAGCGUAGAGAGGUCGAGCACCGUGGAGCCUAGCAACAACGAGGUCCUACCGAAUAGAAAUGGAAAUAGAGGCAGGCAACUGGUCGAAACUGAGGACGUUUCCGAGGAAAGGCUGCCUACGAACACCCGUUUUCCACCGAGAUCGCGAUCCAAUCACAACACGGGCACAACGGAACCGUCGCGAGCUCGUAGUAACCGACCGCGACCGAGUUUGGAUCUGGUUGACUCCAGCAGCUUCCGGACCCACCAAGAGGGCCCCGAGUUUCCGCAAACCCUCCCGAAAGGACCUGUUAGAUUCUUAGGCGUUACCCCUAAUGAGGACAAUGAACCCUUGGUCAGAAAUCGCGGAAGACCGCAGAGAACUCAAGACCCCGCUCCUGUCCAAGAAAUUGUCGACGAGUCACCGACACCUAGAAGACGCGUCAGCACUACGGCAUCGACUGAAACCGGAGUGGAACUGAGCAGAGGUCAACCGGUACGUCCCAGCGAGGAAGAUGAUGAAGAGGAAGAUGCCGCGCCGGAAAGAUCCGGCGGCAACAAACGCGUGUCAGAAGAAAAAGCACAAGAGUCCAGCGAGACGGAAGCCUCGCCGGUCUAUCCCAGUGUCGGCGCUGACCCUACGGACAAUCCAACGACGGAAUAUCCGUCGGUUAUGGACAAAGUUGCCCUGGACCUUUACGCCUUCCUUCAACAAGGGCAAAGCAAUCUGAUAGACGCGUCCAGCAGCGAAGCUGCCGAAACAGCUGGAGACAGCACGACGGUAUCCGACGACGAGAUUACGACCGACCUGACGACAACGGCGGAAUUCGCCGACUCUACGAUCGUUAAUGAGUCCAGUAACACGACGACGACGACCUCGACGACGACCACGACGACCGAACCGACGACCACGACGACAACGACCACGGAACCACCGACUACCACCACUCAAGCUCCCGCGGGAAGAGGGAAAUUCCGGCGACCUGGAAUCGCCAGCCCAGCUAUCUCAAGAAAUCGGUUCAAGUCCAACAACGGCAUUAGCACGACCGAAACGCCCGUAGAACCGACCCAAAAACCCCGGGCACGUUUCGGUAGUAACGGCUCGAACGGUGGUGGGUUCAAGCGACCCCGGCCAGGCGGUAAUCACAAGCCGAUCGAGGAGGACACUGUGCAGAAAGAAACCGCCGGCUCGGCGAACGCGGAAAAGCCGCCAGCCGGUCGCGGUAGAUUCCGCGCACCUUCCGGCGGCAGAAUCGCCGUUUCCACGACGACGUCGGCGCCGUCCAGCGGCGCGACGUCGCCCGCGGCGGCACGGCCUACCUUCAACAAGGUCAACAUCAACCGGAGACGGGGACGACCGACUACGUCCGCGCCGGGAGGCGAGGAGCCCCAGGAGGGAGCAGCGCAUUCCGAAACCGGCCAGAGCGCCGCCCAGAACGCGCCGGAAAGCGCAACACCGAAGUCCGUCGUUCGCACGAGACUUCCGGGCGCGCCCGCGAUCAGACCGCCCAUCAGACCCGGCGGCAGGGUCAACCUGAGACAGAAACCGGGACAGACGACUACCACGACGCUCGCGCCCGAGGUCCCCGAAGGAACAGUCGAGGAACCGGCUGGAGAAGGAACCGAAGAGGAGACUCACGAGGCGCCCGCAGAAACCAACCCGCCGGCGCGAGCCACCACAUCGAAUCCCCUGAACAAACUGCGCAACCGUAAUCGGCUGCAGGUGCAACCGAAGACCACGACGAAGGCGCCGUCUAUACCGCCGGCGAUCAGGAGAUCGCCGCUGCUACCGCGACGCAAGGUGACCGAGACUCCAGCCGUCCAGUCGAGCCAGGAGGAGGCCGCCUCUGAGGAGGAGACCACCUCCGGCGAGACCGAGCCGACCGAGGCGGUCCUCGCCGAGACCAGCACCGCGGCCAGCACGAAGCACGAGGAAACGCGCGGUCUGAGCGGCCUCCUGGCGCCGCGGCGCAGGAUACCGGCGCGACGUCCAGGUCAGAUAGUCGCCUGAGAAUAGAGGACGGCAUCCCCGGCGUCCUGAACGGCCCGCGAACCAAGGAUCCGAAUGGACGAUUCCUGUGACUAAUCGAGACGCGAUACGAAGACGGAGGGGUUUGGCGUACCGUCGUUCGCUCAACUAAACGAUACGCCAACUCCCGGGGCAAGAUCAUCCGGUAUCUUCGCCCUCGUAUUUUUCUCUGAUCGAUAAAAUGGCAUCUCUGCGCGUUAACGACGGAAACGGCAGGUGUACAUAGUGUCGUUCACGAGAACAGCUUCUCUUGAAGGAUUAAAGUUUAUCAUACAGUUUUAAUUCCCUCCCCCGCAAGUGCGUCGAACGCAACGUUCAUCAUACGAUGACACAGAAAAUACGUAAACGUCUGAAUUGGUGCCUUCCAGUCAACAUUAAACGAGAUAACGCAACUUGAUAAAAAUUGGUUCGGACAUUCGAACGUUCUGUCGACUUUGAAUUACACUAAAUUGUGUUAUCGGCAGGUUCAUUGUCAGGAAGACUAAGGUUGAAAAACAUUAAUAUGAUUUUAUAUUAGGAUCGUGACGGACGUUGCCUUUUGCCACUUAAAGAAUUCCGUAUAAAGUUUAGGUAUAAAGUAGAUGAAUUAUGCGUAGAUAUUCAACGACUAUCUUAAUAUGAUCAACGGUCUUGUCGAUCGAUGCAUUUACUACGUUAAACCGAUUUAUAAGCACGGCAUAUGUCAUGCCCGCGCGGAUGACAAUCAUGUAAUUGUAACCCAACGUAGUAACGAGAUAAAUAAGUGUUUUUUUUUUUCAAGUCUCCACGCUGCGAUAAUCGUAACCGUCGUAUAUUUAAUUCGGUGAGUUUUAUUUAAUGAUUAGCGCUUGCGAAGUUAUCCAAGUACUAUUCUCUAACGUGAUACAUGCAUAGACAUACGUAUACGUAUGCAAUAAUGUCCUCCCUCGGAGGAUGUAUUUUUAGGAUUAUUACUGCGUGUGCAAUGCGUAAGGGUACUUUUGUAAUUACAAUGUUCCAAGAUACACUGUGUAAAUAUUGCAAUUAAACAUAAAGUUAAUUGUG